GUGACGUCACUCCCGGAGCGGGACUGGGAACUGGAGCUGGAUCGGGAUCGGGAUCGGGAUCGGGACCGGGAGCAGCCCCGCGAGCGGGGCAGGAGCGGGUCCCGCCGCUCUGCCCGCCCUGGGAUGAUCCCGUGCCUGUGGGAUGGACGGCAGCACCUUGCCAGCAGUGGCAGAAGAGCUCCUGAGAGAGAUCAAAAAGGCUUUUCAGGAGACCUCGCAGGUCCCUGAUGACCUGCUGCUGGGGCUGAAGUUCAUUUUUGGCCCAUCUGCAGUCCCAGCUCUGGAUUUGGUGGAUCAGCGUUCUGUCACCCGGCUCAGGUCCCCCAGUGGAAGGAUUCUCUACCAGGUCCUUGGCAGCUCAGGCAAACUCUACACCUGCUACAGCUCCUGCCACUUCUGCACCUGCCCUGCCUUUGGGUUUUCUGUGUUGCAGAAGAGUGAGAGCCUUCUGUGCAAACACCUCCUGGCUGUCUACCUCAGCCAGGCCUUGGGAGCCUGCCAGGAGCUGGCUGUGUCUGAGGAGCAGCUCACAAACAUCCUCCUGGCUGAGGAAGAGGAUGAAGGAUGAAGAAUUUGGAUCACUCCUAGCUGUGUAACUGGCAUUUUUAAUAUCUACAAGGCUGUCAAAUGCUCAUUGAGGCUGGUAGAGCUCUUCCUGUGCUGCAGCCAAGUGUGACAUUAAUUAGCAGCCUGGCACUGAUAAAUUAAUUAAUUAGG